UGUGCUGGUACUACUCAAAUUUCACAAAGCAAAUUGAGCAUACAUAGAAGUUUGAGAACCACAUAUGGCAGGUAGUAGCAGGAAUCCUCUCGCUGUUGGUCGUGUAAUUGGUGAUGUGAUAGACCCCUUUGAAAAUUCGGUUCCUCUCCGAGUCACCUAUGGUAGUAGAGAUGUGAAUAAUGGUUGUGAGCUUAAACCCUCUCACGUUGGAAAUCAACCCAGAGUGAAUGUUGGUGGAAACGAUCUCAGGAACAUUUAUACUCUAGUUCUUGUGGACCCAGAUUCACCUAGCCCAAGCAACCCUACUUUUAGGGAGUACCUUCAUUGGUUGGUGACUGAUAUUCCAGCUACUACUGAGGUCAGUUUCGGUAACGAAAUUGUGAGCUAUGAAAGGCCACGACCCACCUCAGGGAUCCAUCGUUUCGUGUUUAUACUAUUCCGUCAGCAGUGUAGACAAAGGGUUUACGCUCCAGGAUGGCGACAGAAUUUCAAUACAAGAGAAUUUGCUGAACUUUACAAUCUUGGAUCACCAGUUGCUGCUGUUUUCUUCAACUGUCAAAGGGAGAGUGGCUCUGGUGGAAGAACAUUUAGAUAAUUACAUCAACUAUAUGAAGUUAAUGUCAAAGUGGAAGCUUAUAGUUAGUUAAUACUUAUAUACUGAAAUGCAAGAUCCAAAUAAAUGCUAUUUAUACUUAUAUAUAUAUAUAUAUAUAUACACGUUACACUCAGAGACGCUAAAUACAUAGAUAUUUGUAAGAGAAACAAGUAAGCAGUGUUUAUCCAUGUGUGUGUCGUUUUAUGUUUCUGUACGUAUAUCAUCAAUAAAGAGCUGUCCACUGUCCAUUUUAUAUGUCA